AUGCCCGACCGCAGGGACAAAGCACAAGGUUUAGCUUUUCGUGGUAACGAUGAGUUAAUUUCAUCAAGAAAUAAGGGGAAUUUUCUUGAACUUAUGAAUUUUCUUGUUAACCAUAAUGAAGAUAUUUAUAAAGUUUGGAAAAAUUGUCGUGGAAAUCUUAAGUUAACAUCUCCUGAUAUUCCAAAGGAUAUUGUUAAAGUUGCUGCAACGAUCACUACUCAAGUUAUACUGGAUGAUCUUGAAGAUGAUUUAUUUGUUAUUUUAAUUGAUGAAUAUCGUGAUAUCUCAGUGAAGGACAAAUGGUUGUGGUUAUACAUUAUUGCUUUACCAUUGAAAUCGGGUUUGGAGUCAUUAUUUUCAAAAUAUGGAUUAAGUUUGUUAAGGAUACGUGCAAAAGGCUAUGACGGAGAAAGUGAUAUGCAGGGUGAAUACAAUGCAUCAUGUAAGCGUCGAGAUAUUCUUCGUGAAAGUCAAGCUACAAAGGUGAAACAAGCAUUGGAACAUGGAGAAAUCUCUAGUGAGCGUGACUUGAAUCAAGAAAUAACAAUUAAGAAGCCAAGGGAAAUAAGAUGGAGCUCACAUUAUGGUACAUUAUUUAGUAUAGUUUCUCUAUUCUCUUCUAUGAUUGAUGUGUUAGAAAUGAUUGAGGAAGAUGGAAUAAAUUUAUAUAAAAAAGGUGAAACACUAAUGCUGAUGAAUUAUAUGCCAACUUUUGAAUUUAUUUUCAUCUUGCACUUGAUGAAAAUAGUUUUAGGAAUUACACAUGAUUUAUCUCAAGCAUUACAAAGAAGUGAUCAAGAUAUUGUAAAUGCUAUGAAUGAUAUUGACAUUCCAGAUAUGGAUGACACUUUUCAACCGACAAAAAAAAAGUCAAAGAGAAAAAUGGAGAAAGUAUCUAAUUUACACAAUUUUCAAGUUGGAUUGUUUUAUGAAGUGAUUGAUCGACAACUUCAAGAGUUGAACAAUCGUUUUACAGAAGUGAAUACUAAGUUGCUCCUUUGUGUAGCUUGUUUAAGUCCAAGAGAUUCAUUUUCUGCAUUUGAUAAGGAGAGGUUGAUUCGUUUAGCUCAAUUUUAUCCUUCAGAGUUUUCUCAAGUUGAACUAUUAACACUAGAUUGUCAGCUUGAAAACUAUUUCUUAGAUGUAUGCUCUGACAGUGAAUUUUCAGAAUUAGAGGGGAUUGGUGAUCUUUCUAUCAAGCUCGUAGAGAUCAAAAAACAUGUGUAUCCGUUGGUAUGUUUUCUUUUAAAGUUAUCUCUGAUAUUGUCGGUGGCAACUGUAACAACUGAAAGAACUUUCUCUACUAUGAAUAUUAUCAAGAAUCGAAUGCGAAAUCACAUGGGCGAUGAUUGGUUAAACGAUUGA